UACAAUCUUAACCUUCACCUUACAAAAGCAUGCACGCUUUACGGCGCUCCUUACUCCAGCAAUGGCCCCGCUGCUCACAACUCACCUUCCUCCCCUUGGUCCACUCAGAUCUCAUUUCAACAUGGCCACCACUAAGACAGGGUCGGAAAAAACGCCCCGAACUGCUUUACCCUGAGCCUCCAACAACACACCACCACGACCUCGCGUCGUUUCUUGCGUACGCAGAACGAACCGGUCUCGACACAUUUUCGACUGUCUAUGUCGGAACCCACUAUGAGUACACGGUCUCCUUGACACUCUCCCAGUACGGCAUCCAGGCCGUCCGGGUCGGUGGAGCCUCGGACAACGGCAUAGACCUCCUCGGCACAUGGGACAUCCCCUCUCGGACCAAACCUGUCAGAGUAAUCCUCCAAUGCAAAGGAGGCACUCAGCGUAUCGGCCCCUCGCUGGUCCGGGAGCUGGAGGGCUCCUUCAUCGGCGCUCCUGUCGGCUGGCGCGGCGAUGGCGUCAUCGCGUUCCUGGUCAGCCAGAAUACGGCGAGCAAGGGGGUUCGGGAGGCUUUGGGACGGAGCCGCUGGCCCAUGGGCUUUGUUUCGUGCUCUAGGGACGGGUUCGUGCAGCAAAUGCUUUGGAACCAGCGGGCGGAGGAGGAGGGGCUAAGAGGUUUUGGGGUCGCCAUGCGCCAUGCUGAAACUGGGGACGACAAGUCGCAGAUUGUCUUGACGUACAACGGCAAGCGAGUUGGCAGUGUUACCAAGACGGACGUGUCUAGGCUUUGAGCUUUAUGCCGGAGAAGGACCAUCCAUCCACGAGCAUUCGGUCUGAUGUAUGCUAAAGCCGCGGGCAAAUGCACCAGCCUCAAAUGAGUAAGUUUCCAGUUAUGCGUCUGGCAUCUCAGGUUUCCUUCUCCGCUUUCACUCAUUGGGCCAGCGCAUUUGCCUACCUUUUUGAACAGCAGAUGCAGUUUCAUUUUUACGCUCUAUACCUGAUCAUGUUCUCCUGCAAUCUAAAAGUCUCCUUCUAAACCCUCCGCACUAGACUAUUGGAUCCAAGGAGCAAAAGCCAACCCUUGUUUGUUAGCAGUUGUAUGCAACUGUGGAACUUUUCUGCCUUAUGUCUUGGUAAGAGCCUGAACUCCUCCAAAUACAUUCAUAAGGAGUCUGUAAGGCAGGUCAGUAUCGUCCUUCGAAAUCUGUAGCCUUGUCUCCCGAUCCGGUCAUUAGAUGACCAUGUCAAACAUAAGGCUUUUCCCAUCCAGUUCACUUGAUACCCCGAAAUCUUCAUAACUAAAAUUCUGGUUUU